AUGCCUGAGAAGAAGAUUCUUGCUCUGGGAAGUGGCAUGGUUGCAAAGCCAUGUGUUGAUUACCUGCUCCGGGACAAGAAAAACGUUCUCACAAUUGCCUGCCGUACUCUUUCUUCCACCCAAAAUGUUGCAGCUGAAAGGUCUUCAGCUAAAGCCGCCGCCCUUGACGUCGCUUCACCGGAGCUUGGCCAUCACGUCGCCGAACACGACCUCGUCAUUUCUCUCGUACCGUUUGUCCACCAUGCGGCCAUCGUUCAAUCGGCUAUCAAGGGCAAUACAAACGUUAUUACCACAAGCUACGAUUCUCCUACCCCUGAAGUAUCUGACAACCCUUUGCGUUUCAAGUUUUCUUGGUCCCCCCGCGGCGCCUUGCUUUCGCAGCAGAUUUCCGCUACCUUUCUCCAAGAUGGCAACCUCAUUGAGGUUUCCAACAAGGAUCUCAUGAACAAGGCAGUUCUAUACCAUGUUCUUGAUGGGUACUCGUUUCUUGCGUAUCCCAAUCGAGAUUCCGUACCAUAUCGUCAAGCUUAUGGAAUAGCCGAAGCUCACGCCGUCAUCCGGGGCUCCAAAGCCUGGCUGAAUGAGGGUCUGAAGUGGUCUCACAUUCAGCAGCAGCUUACAGGCGCAGCUUCUGCCACUGAGGUUGAUCUUCUGGCCAAGAUAGAUGAGGUUUGCAGUUUCCGCUCCCCCGAAGAACGUAGUAAGAUCUUGGUCGGCCUCAAGUGGAUGGGGCUAUUCUCGGAUGAAGUCGCUGCCGUCCGCGAUUCUCCCCUCGGCACUCUCCGAUCAACUGGACAAGAUAUGCAGCUUCCAGGUCGCACGUCGGCCCUCGAACUCUUUGGGGAGCCUGGCGGCUACUCGGCCAUGGCCAAGUCUGUCGGGUUGACCUGCGGCAUUGCCAUCCAGCUGCUUCUUGACGACGAGCCAGCCUCCAACAAGCCUGGCGUGAUUGCUCCCUACUCCCGCGAGAUCUGUGACCCUAUCCGAGUCAGAGCCGAAGCCGAGGGGAUCAAGCUUGUGGAGCAUACUCUCUAG